UGUCAUUCUAAUACAUGUUUAUCGGAGCACCAGAUAGGUGUACUUCGUAAAAAUUGAUUAUUAAAAAUAUAUUCCCUUCGCAUUACUAUUCCUUACAUUCUUUGGCUUUUCUACUGUUUUGUCUUGUUUAUCUUUAAAACGUAAAAAUGUAUACGUUUAGUCUACUAGCUACAGUAGUGGUUGUUUCAUUAUGUGCUGGCAUUAAUGUUAAGGGAGACUGCAUAUAUGACGAUGGAGGCCUCUGUCUCAGGGACUGCCCGCCAGAUACGUUCUCUUACAAUCCCGGAUGCAUAGAGCAAACCAUGUCACAGCGUACCUGCAGCCAGCCGAAGGCUCGAGCCAUUGGCGUCCUAUGUGAUUAUUCUCGAUGUGACUGCGCUGAGCCAAAAGUGUGGGACGAAGCCGCCGAGAAGUGCGUAUUACUCGAAGACUGUUCCGACCAGUCCAAAUUAGCUAACAAUGGCGGUAGAAUAUAAAAAUUAAUUACCUAUUUAUAAAUAGGUAAUUAAUUUUUAUUAUCCAUAGAAGAAAAUAAGUGAUUACCAAUAUAUGUGACAUUGAAAGUUGACAUGAUAAUUUAAAUUGCACGAGAUAAAGAUCACACUUUAUCUAGAACAAUAUAUAGCAAAAAUAUUUUUCAAUUCUAAUUUCUUUUAAUUCUAGUAGCAGACUUCUAUAUUUCUAAAUUUUAACAAAUGAGGUAAGCCCGAGUAGGUGUGAUAUUUAAUAUACAAUAGUAUCAUUUCAAUUAUUUAAACAAUGUUAAUUGAUAAUGUAAUAAUUUAUUAGUAGUAGUAUUAAUUUGUAAUAAGAUAAAGUAGUACCUAAUGCUCGAAUUUUCUUUUGAUACACUUAGUACUUAAGUAAA